AUGGAGGAGGAGGAGGAGGAUGGAGGCGGUGGAGGGGAGGCGGGGAGUGAGGCUGCGGCAGGAGGGGGCGGCGGGGGCCGGCCGGGGGCGGCGGGCAUGUGGGACCGGCUGCGGGGCAGUCGGGCGGCGGGCGGCGGCCGGAGCGCGGCCGCGAUGGCGCAACGCGACGAGAAGGUGCCGGCGGCGGAGGGAGAGAGCGAGCCCGGGGCCGGGGCCGGGGCCGGGGCCGGGGCCGCCACUGAGGCUGACACUGAGACUGGGACGGGGACUAGGACUGAGCAGGGGCCGAGCGGGGCCGCCGCACCCUUCCAGCCCCCCGAAGGAGGCUUCGGCUGGGUGGUGGUCUUCGCCGCCGCCUGGUGCAACGGCUCCAUCUUCGGCAUCCACAACUCCUUCGGGAUCCUCUACAUGAUGCUGCAGAGUGACCUGGGCGAGGGGGAGAAGGACCCGGCGCUGGAGUUUAAAACAGCAUGGGUCGGCUCCUUGGCCAUGGGCAUGAUUUUUUUCUGCUCUCCCAUCGUCAGCAUCUUCACCGACCGGCUCGGCUGCAGGACCACGGCAGCCAUGGGAGCUGCCAUCGCCUUCAUCGGCCUCCUCUGCAGCUCCUUCACCAAGUCUCUGGAAGUUCGUUAUUUCACGUAUGGGAUCCUCUUCGGCUGUGGCAGCUCCUUUGCCUUCCAGCCCUCGCUGGUCAUCCUUGGUCACUACUUCAAGCGCCGCCUUGGCCUGGCCAACGGCGUCGUGGCCGGCGGCAGCUGCCUCAUCUCCGUGCCGCUGCCCUUCUUCCUGAAGAUGGUGGGGAAGGCCAUUGGGCUGGCACAUACUUUCCAAGUACUCAGUGCCUUAAUGCUCAUCCAGAUCUUCUUGUCCAUGACCUACCGGCCCAUCCUGCCGCCCUCCUGUGACUCUCAGCACGACGGGCAGGACAAGCUGGGCAGCCGGAGCGUGCGGCAGCAGUGCUGGGCCCAGACGCGCAAGUAUUUCAACCUGAGGGUUUUCCGGAGAAAGACCUAUCGGAUUUGGGCCUUUGGGAUCGCCACUGCUGUCCUGGGAUACCUCGUACCUUACAUGAACCUGGUAAAAUACGUGGAGAAGCGAUUUCAAGAGACCAAAAAGGACUGGAUCCUCCUGGUUUGCCUCGGAGCCAUGUCGGGGCUGGGGCGCUUGGUUUCGGGCCGUAUUGGCGACUGCAUCCCAGGGCUGAAGAAGAUUUACCUGCAGGUUGCGUCCUUCAUGCUGUUGGGCAUCCUGUGCAUGAUGAUCCCCCAGUGCCAAGGCUUUGAGGGCGUCAUUGUCAUCUGCCUCUUCCUCGGCCUCUGCGACGGCCUCUUCACCACCAUCAUGGCCCCCAUCGCCUUCGAGCUGGUGGGGCCCAUGCAGGCGUCCCAGGCCAUCGGGUACCUCAUGGGGCUGAUGGCUGUGCCCAUGACCGCGGGCACACCCAUAGCAGGAUACCUCAACGAUUAUUUUGGGAAUUACGACGCGGCCUUUUACUUUGCCGGAGUCCCCCCCAUCAUCGGCGGCCUGGUGCUCUCCGUGGUGCCGCUGGUCCACCAGAGGAUGCUGAAGAAGCAGCGCCUGGAUUCCGGCAAAGACAAGAUGCUGGUGUCGGAGACCGUGGUGAACGGGGAGCUGCUGCCGGGCUGCCCGGCCUCCGAAGCGCACAUGUGACACGCUGCUCCCCGCGGCCACCAGCAGCCUCUCCAUAGCCCAGCACAGGCCCUUUUCCAGACAGACCAUAAUUCCCAGUGAUUGCAGAUGCACUACGUUUGUAAAGGAGGAAACACAAAAAAAGUUCUUCUAGUUAAAAGGCUCUUAACUAGCAGAAAAACGCUCUUUCUCUGGACAGUUUUGAUUUUUUUUUUUUUUUUCCCCUCUAACCGUUUUUCUAAGGAGAACUCUCACCAGGAUUCAAACUUGAUCGACCUCUCGCUCCUCUCCCCGGUUUUCUAUACGUCACAACAGAGGUUUACAGCUAAUAAUUGCCUUUUUCAAGCAGGCCACGGAUGGAGCUUGUUGAACCUUGCAGCUGUCCAUCCUCCUCCUCCUCCUCUGGUGUCACUGGGGUGUCACUUCCAAGGGAGACAACCCCCUCCCCAUCCAGCACCAGGGCCUGGUGGAGCCAGAGAUCCGAAGGAGGAAGCGCUGCUUUAGUCCGAUGCACAAACCAAAUAAAUGUCAGCAAGUCCCUCUUCCACCUUCUUCUCUCCCCACUUCCCGCUGCUCUCCUGCUCACCCAGGGAGCUGCAGCCGGGACCAUGGGGAGCUCGGCCGGCUCCACCAAAAGGAUCCACUUGGGAGCACACCCUUCCUGCAAAAUAUGCCUUAAAAAUGCAUGGACGAGACCAGCAGGUCCCUUGGCCACUUUCUGUCUCUGUUUUCUCACCCAGUGACUGAUGAUUGGGCUUUUGAGGUGCAAAAGAGAGGGGCAACUCCUGGCACAGCCCACAGUGGUUGGAUCCACAGGGCCAAAUCCUUGGGAUCGCCACGGGGACAGUCACUCCGGAGGCAUCGAGGCACACAGGGGUGGGACAGAGCCCUGUGAGUCCUCGAUCAGCUCCGUGCUGGGACGUGGCUUCCCUGCUGGGCACAGGGGCACCCACAGCUGUGGGGAUGCUGCUGGCUCAGGGCACAGGGUGCCACUGCUCUUUUUGAGGGGCCAGUUGUGUAUUAUGCAGCAAUAACCAGGAGUCAGUGUUGGCAAGGGAAACCCGGUGUUCCAAAGGGUUGGGAAGCCCCAGUAGCAUUUCACUCAUCGCCUGUGUGUUGUCGUGGGGAGCUGGUGCAGGGUCAGUGCUGUCCCUGGGGGGAGAGGGAGAGAGCACAAGGAACUCACACAGCCAGUGGGUACCCACCACACAGAGAGACAGCAGAGUUCAGCCUCGUGGAGAAAUUCAUCAUUGCCCAGAGGAAAUUUUAGAAAUUCCAGUUGCUCAGAGAAGCUGUGGCUGCCCCAUCCCUGGAAUUGUUGAAGGUCUGGUUGGACAGGGCUUGGAGCAACCUGAGCUAGUGGAAGGUGUCCCUGCCUGUGGUAGGGGAUGGAAUGAGAUGGACUUUAAGGUCCCUUUCAACCCAAACCAUUCCAUGAUUCUGUGAUCAUCUCCAGGCAGUGCUAAUGAGUGUGGUUAACGAGUGAGGAGGGAAGUUCUCCUGCCCCAGUGGGUCCCUGUGUAAACGAGGAGCCAACGGUGACUGGGGUACCUUUUCCUGGGAGAGAGCAAGAAACAAAACUCACUUUUAUCCUGGCUGCAAACCCAUCCUUCAUUGAAUUUUCAUUUUGUUCAACUGCCAUUAAAAAACUGAGACGCCUGAAGGGGGACGUGGGCCAUGGGAAUCACCCCUUGGUCUCCAGGCGAGUGUGGGGGUUUGUAACACCAAGACAAAUCUUUGCUGUGGAUAUUUGGGUUCAGUGGAAGGUCCCUCCCGUGGGCAGUGCUGGGACAUUUGUACAUAGGCUCAGGUCCCUGCAUGCCCCUCUGGUCCUGUUUUUAACCUAUGUUGGUUAAUGCAUUGUAAGGUUUUGUGGUCCUGUGGCCCUUCUGUCCCUGUACGAGCUGGAAAAUUACCUGGUGUGUUGUGAUGUGUCUGUUUAUGACUAUAAAAUGAGAUGUCUACUUGUCUCUUUCUUCAA